AUGCGCCAAACAGCUGGGUCAUCUUUCUUCUGGUACUUGGUUGCCUCGUUUUUGAUGUUGGCCAGCGUCGCUUCCGCUUUUUACGUGCCGUAUGGAGAGGACUACUACUUCGCGCCGGCAGCGGAAAAACGAUCAGUCGCCUUCGCACCACGACACGAGAAACGCGAAUUCAGCGCCGACGACCUAUCGCUCCGAUUCGGCAAGCGCUCCGGGUCGUCAUCGUUGCACUUCAACCCCGAGGAUAUCCACCUUCGAUUUGGGCGCAAA